AUACCAUUGAAUCUCAACGUGUUCGUUAACUACCCUUCCUCAUUUCCGCGUCCCAAAGUGGAAAGCAUGUUUCUGGGGUUCCUUGUGCUCAACAUGCUUGGAGCAGCAACUGGGAUUUGCCACAGAAAACGCUGUACGCCUUGAGUCCUAUGAGCGUUGUGGCUCACCAGGGGGUGAAGGAGGUGAACGUUACACCCCCAGAUUCCGCCCGCGCCGACUUCCAGCUCGAUCCCGAGAAGUUUCGGUUCUCCGAGGAUGAAAUCCCUCUGAAGUGCCAAAGAAAUGCAGAAGAAUUCCCAAAUGCAUGCAUUGGGGAUUUUGGAGUGCAAAACUUGGACCGCACCUGGAAGAAACAUGGCAUGAAGAUGGCGCUGUAUGUUUACAGCACUUACACCCCAGAAGAUGGCAAAAUCCAUGAAAUGGGAGAGGCCAAGUUCAGAUAUAUGGAAAGUGUUGACUUGGGCGGGGGGUUUCGCGUGUGCACCGCAAAGAUCAAGUUCACUCAGGGGAAUGCUUUGGCAUGAGUACCACUCGUGAGCCCAGGGCUCCUCAAGAUCCUAUUAUCUGGGAUGCAGACUGGGAAAGUGUCAAGGUGGUGCACCCACCAACCACAACUUCGUCCACAACCACAACCACAACCACAACUUCGUCCACAACCCCGGAACCAAUUCCACCAACACCUGCGCCAACACCAGCGCCAACAGCUGCACCCACACCAGCUCCCAACGAAGGAGCUCCCAACGAAGGAGGAAUGGGUGCUGGGACUGUGAUCUUGAUCUUGCUCAUCUUGGCCCUAAUAGGUGGUGUUGCGGGUUUCUUCUUCAGGCGUCAAAGGCUUCUGCAAGAAGAAGAAGCUCUGCGCGAUGCAAGGUUGAGUUGAAUCGAAUUGAGGGAUGCGGCUGUUGGCAGGUAUUAUGGACCGGUGUCACCCUUGCCAUGCACUACAGCUUCCAUGUCGGAACCGAG